UAUUUACACUGCUUGCUUCGAUGCCUGAUAGUCGAAACUGGUCGAGCAAUACAAUGAGUUUUAUUUGAUUACACACUAACACAGCGCAGUUGGCAUGUACACCAGUUUAUUCUUGGCCUUUGAGAGCAGCACUGUGUAGUAACAUAUUCGCAGAGAAAGUUCAGCUCGGAUUCGCCAGCCCAGGAAGAUCCAGGAGGAGGAGGAAAAAUAUUAUCCCAACAUUUGGGAGGAAUACAGACCAAUUCCUUAUCAGGAUAGAGCACAAAUCGAUUGUGCAAGGUUAGAACUACGAUUCGAAAUACACCAUCUGUACCGUGGAUUGCAGGCUGAAUCAUGUCCACGACCAGUACGCCAAAAGAUGCUGCUAGAUUGGCGAGUAAUGUGCUAUCACCGACAUCCCCCAUCGUUUCAUCGCCGAUCACAACAUCUAUGAUUGAUACCAGGAAUGUGUACAAAAUAUCACCUGGUAAACCGACAGUGAUUAGCCCCCAGCAGCAGGACAUUGUGAAAAUCAGACUUACAAAAGAUGACAGUGGAAAUGGAAUAGGAUACACGAAGUCAAUCAUCACUAAUUCCCCAGUAUCUCCGGAAGAUAAAACAGAGAGUAAGACAACUCCACAAAAAAUGAGCAUUAACCUGGCACAGCAGCCCACUCUGCAGCUGAAAACUUCUCAGAAUAAAAUCGUGCUCGUCAAAAUGCUACCCAAAAUGCCUCAGAAUUGUCCGAAAGUGAUAACUGCACCAACACCUGGAAACAGUGUUUCCCCAACUACGCUAGGAUUAACUAAAAGCGUACAAGGCAUAAGACCAUUCCCGUCUGUAACUUCUCCAUCUAGUUGCACUGUGACCUCUUUCAUAGUAACAAAGUCUCCGGCCAAAGAGGAAUCUAAUGCCAAUCGAGAAAAAAACUAUUCGUUGAUUUUGUCAAACGCUACCACCGCAACAACAUCAACUACGUGUACAAUAAUGACUGAGCCAAAAAAGUCAUCACCAUCUUUUUCAAGCAAUGAAAGUAUAAAUAAAUCUUCACCAACUGGUGAUAAACCCGAAGAGUCAUUGAAUAAAAAUUCAGAAGAUAUGGCUGACUCGGGCGCAAUGUUGGAUGGGUCAGCCAACGAUGAGAAUGAUAGCAGCAAUGUUACAAAUGUGAAAAUGUCUCGCGAAAUGAGAUGCCUUAAGGCAUCCCAGAGUAGUUCUAAAAUUCUAACUGAGUUCAUGCAAGAUUCUUUCUCGUCGGAAAAGUUGAGAAAACGUCGUCGUUCACGAUGUGAGGGUGAUGACAGUCGUAGUUGUGGCAGCGUUACGCCUACUUCACUGAAAAGAUAUUCUGUUUCUGGACGCGACGAAGAGGACCUUGAUGAGAGUAAGUGUAGUCCAAUGGCGGGUAUGAAGCGUACAGGAAUGCGCUCAGCGAAUGUGGAGUUUUCAAUGAAGCAGCGGAAAUUUCUUAGUAGCAUUCAUCAGCACAGCGAUGGAUCGGACAACUCCGAUAAUGAGACGGAUCCUUCUAAUAUAAAGGUCGCUAAGAAGGUAGAAACACAAAUACCGGUUGCACCGAAGCCUGGAUGGGACAAAUUCUGCUGGCGCUGUAAGACGUGUGAUCCAGGGUUAGAAGCAUGCACAGCAUGUGUUCGGUGUUUCCAUCCGGUUUGUAUGAAGCUUAACCCGGCAUACUUUAUUGUCGAGAAGAAGUGGAACUGCCCCGAGUGUGUCAAGCUGCAUCAAGCUGAGGAAGAGUCUGGGAAGGACAAACUAAAAAUCGACAGUCUAACUGUAUCACUCAAGUUUGCCAUGAAACGUAUGCAGAUGUUGAAAGGGAGUACAAUUUUCAACCCACUCGAGAAAGAACAGUAUCCUAAUUAUGACCAAUAUGUGACGAAACAUACGGAUCUCAAAAUGCUACAAAAGAACGUUUCGGAUCAGAGGUAUCAGACAACAGAUGGAUUUCAAGCAGAUGUCAGCUGGAUACUGCACAAUGCUGCAAUUUAUCCCAAUAAUAAUAAGCUGCUUCCAGUUGCCAAAAGUUUACUGAAAAUCUGUAAACAAGAAAUGAAUGAGAUCGAGGCUUGUAAUGAGUGUUAUUUCAAUGCAAACACGAGCCAAACCUGGUUCAUCGAGGUUUGUGCUAAGCCUCAUUUACUAGUUUGGGCUAAGCUAAAAGGUUUCCCAUUUUGGCCGGCGAAGCUAAUGUCAGUCAAUAACAAUCAGCUGGCAGAUGUACGCUUCUUCGGGGAUCAUGACCGUGCGUGGGUUCCGAUAAAGGAGUGUUUUCUUUUCUGCGAGAAGGACCCAAACACAAAACUGCAGCGACGUUCCAAUAUGGCAGAGUGCAUGCGCGAAGCUGAAGCAUAUAUUUCCAAAAUCAAGAAAAAGUUUGGACAGUUUCAUUACGCUGAAUUUCGUACUCCCGUUGAGAUGAAUAAACUGGACGAUCAUCUCGAUGCAAUGAUUCCUGGUGUAUUGAAAAAGCUGUCGGAAAACGGAGAUUCCCAUAAAGCGAAAUUGAUGCUUAAAAUCAUAAAAACGGCCGACAAUUUUCUUUCUAUUUCACCAGUUUCGAUUAGCCCUGCUAAUGCAUCCACUCCAAAAAAUAGUCACGGAGAUAAAACUACCGUAGAUAAGGCACAAGAUGCUGAGGACAUAAAAGAUAAGGUACAAGUUAUUGGGAGCACAACGGAAGGUUAUACUGAAAAGUCCGAAAAGGUACAGAAAACGUUAUCCAGAAAUCGUUCAAAAUCCGUUGGGCCAAUAAAAGAAGAAGUGCGAAAUUCAGUUUCCACUCCCGAACCUGGGGAAGGUACGUCUCGCGCGUAUUUUACUCGUAAACGAAAGAGUGUCUCUCCUCCAGAGGAAAUUAAGGUCAAGGAAGCUGAACCUGAUGCAUCACAGAUGGAAUCGAAAACCCGGGGUAGUCGGACAAAUUCUCUCACAGGAAACAAAAUAAAAGAAAAUGAUGUGAUCUCAAGUGCUGCUUCAAACUCGCCAGCAAUCCUCGAUCAGCGGUCAUAUCCGUUUAAGAAACGCAGAAGUGACUGUUUACAAGUGGACAUAAAUAAACCAGAUAAGCAAAGCAAAAUAGAAUCAGUGGUAAUUCAGCGUAAAUCAGAUAGCUGGAAAACUGUUCCAGCAACAAAGAAGCAAAUAGAAUUUUCUGAGGAGAAAUUUGAAGCGAAGGAAAAUGAUUUAGGAGACGUAUCCGUCACCGAUACGAUAUCGAGAGAUACUACGUUGGUGUCGGAGAAGGAGAAACAAAUAGAAUCGAGUAAUACUAUUCUUUCACAAAAGAAUACUAAUGUAACCACGGAGAAUCCACCGCUUAUUGUACAAAAAAAUCGUAAUGCUCAAAACAACAAUGAAACGGAGGAAAAAAGUAGAUUUGCUGUGGUACCUUUGGUGCCCCUAGCUACAGAUGAGAUAAAAACUGAACCUUCCGAAAAUGAGGUAACUCCUGCUAUACAGGCAGUGGCAGAACCUUCUACGGAAGUCCCAGUUGUUCCAAGUAGUGAUCAGACAUCAUCUGCAGGCAGUAAUUUUGAUCAAACUACUACAAUUGUUCCUCAACAAUUACGACCCAUCAAAAUUGAACCUCUCUCUGAUGAAGAAACAUCGUCUGCAAUCGAUGGUGCUGCACCGGCCAGCAUCGGUGAGCCUCCCCACCAAAAUAUCAAUAUGAAUCAGGUGGUCAUUCGUACAAACAAUCGAAUAAUGGUCAAAGACAUCAAUCGAUUGACCAAUCAAAUUGGAACACAUACGAAUACCAUUACUAACAGUAAUGGUCAGCCGAUAGUUUUAACUCCAGUUGACAAACCUAAAGGUGUGCCAAAGGUAUCACCUAAAAUGGUGUCAAAUGUUCAACAAAAGGUUCGCAAAUCGUUCCCUGGUCAGCAAGUGGUAUCUAAUUUUACACCUUUAACUAGACCGCCAACAGCGCCAAGCGCAAUGUCGGUUCUUCCAACCGGAAGCAAUCCUGGUGGCAAAAAUGUCAAUAACAUGAUGCAUAUGGUCCACAUUCCAAGUCCCCUCACCUCAACUAAUGAUCAGUCACGAACUGAACAAGUUUUAGUUGGUGGGCCAGCAUUGGGUCAUGCAUCGCAAACAAGGCCACAGCAGCAAACAAUUACUAUUGCGAACAACAACUUAUCGACGUCAACAAACAUUACUAACAACCAAGCACAGGCACCGGCUGGUUCUGGAGUGCCAGCUGUGGGUGUUAUUCCUACGGUAGAUCCAUCCUCGUCAGCAUCAGCCUCAGGAACAUCAGCAACUUCAGCCGAAAGUCAACAUAUGAUGUCAGGCUUCAUUACUCCCAAUUUAGCUGCCGCUGUCACUGAAACCAUCGUAUCCACACCACCAAAGUUGCAGUCGAGGCCUAGCGGUGCUCUGCGAUCAGAAGGAGACGCCGUUUAUCCGUCUGGGGCUGGACCUGUUUCGCAGAUAUUAAUCAAUAAUUCCUACAAGAUGGCAGACUUCUUUCGAUCUGUUAUUGAAGACACACUGGCUGACCUUUCAAACAACAGCGGCGCCUUAGAGGCAAAAGUCAAGGUGUUGGAACUGGAAAUUGAGAAGCUUAAGCACUGCCAUCAGCAGGAAAUCACCAAGCUUAAACACAAUUCGGAUUUGGUGCUGUGUGAAAUGCGUAACAGCAUAGAGCUUGAGAAAACUCGUAUCAUCAACGAAGUUCGCAAACAGUGUGAAAUGGAAAGAAUACGCUCCGUGGAGGAAGCUAAGAAGAAACAGUGGUGCAUCAACUGUGGAAAAGAGGCACUGUUCUACUGCUGUUGGAAUACGUCAUACUGUGAUUAUCCCUGUCAACAGCAACAUUGGGCAAUCCAUAUGAACAAUUGCACACAGAGCCAGUUUAACCUACCGAGCACUGCAAUAGCUAGUAAGCCAUCGAAUGUGAUCAACAACAAGGUGACGACGCAACACAUAACCACACCGAAAAUCACCACUGUGCAGACAUUGCAUUUAAACGGAAGAUCCGGAUUGACGAUUCAACCUACACAGCAACAGCAGCAGCUGAUAAUAACAUCCGCGAGAGGCGGAGCACAACUUGGAAAAGGCCAGUCCUUCCAACGAUUGAUGCUCAAUCCUACAAUCGUCUCUACCAAUAUGGGCCAACAGACAUUCACCAUCGUGAACAGCCCCCAAAGUAGAUUGUCUUCGACAAAUACCUCAUCAACAACUGCGAUCAAAUAACCCAUCCCGAUCACUAGGUGACAGCGCGUCACAUAUUCAACUAAGCUACUGCAACGCUAAAGGGUUAACAAAUAUAAAAUAAAUAACAGGUUAAAAUUAUCUGUAUUAUAAAUCUGUUUCGCAACAGAACUAUGAAUUCGGAAUUUUUAAUUAAAUAAAUCGAAAUUGUAUAUCGUUGUAUGUAUUGUCGACUCGAUUAAACACUACUAAUCAAGUAAGCUGGUUACUUGUUUCUAAGGUAUGUGAUUGUGGAA